UUAAAAUACUUCCUGUAAUAGGUAUCCAAUUUACCAAAAAGGAAAUCCCCAGCUGCGGGUAUUCCUCCCCAACUUCUGGAUGAAACUUGUAAAACCUCAAUUUGAAGAGGUAAUACCAAACCAAUUUGAAUUUCACGUUUCGAUGGAAAUGACCAAGCACGACGUGAAAAACUACCUCCAAAAAAUUUACAAUCUCCCAGUACUUGACGUCAGAACUCGAAUAAAGAUGGGAAGAUUCAGGAGAUGUCCUAGUGGUGGUUACAUUGUCAAGGAUGAUGAUAUCAAAAUCGCCUACGCUAUUAUGCCCAAAGACUUCAAGUUUGAGUUUCCAGACAUAUUCAAACGAGAAGAGAAGAAAAAGGAGGAAAAGAUUGAUCAGCGAACUGUCGAUGAGAUGAAAAACGGAUACCAAACCUUUCUUAAGCACAACAAUAAACCUGGAGUUCCUGGAUGGUUUAGUAUCUAA